CCUAUUCGCACAUGUAUCGUACAACGUUUUACAGUACAUAUGGCCCUUUAAAUGUUCGACACAGUAACGUAAUAUGCUAAUUUUCGCACUAGUGCGGUAAAGUAGCACCAUAUGUACUGUAAAAGUAUUUUAACGUCUAUAUUUACCGUUUUUAUAACCAGUUUAAUUUUGCAUAUAUUUUAGUUGGCACUUUUUUAAAACAUUUAUUGAACUAUAUCUAAUGUUUACCAUGCUGGUACGAAACAGUUGCUUAUAAUUUAAUGUGCAGAGUUGAUCCACGUCUCCUGAAACAGCCUGUAUAUAUUUGUGCACGCAAGAUGCACUACGAGAAAUAAAUACUUAGAUUUUUAAAGUCCGAAUAUGGCUACUUAUAACAUUCAAACCAGUCUCUUGCGCAGAAACCUGAUCCAAGACGCGCUUCUCGUGUUUAUGACAAAACAAAACAGUUUGACUAUGCCUUUAAAGGCAGACACUUGUUUAUCAUAGAUCUCCGUCUAUUUUUAAAAACCUUAUUACGGCCAGUGAAUUAGAAAAAAACUUGGAGCGCGGGAAAGAAUUUAAAUUUCGAAUUUAGUGUUCCAUUUUACGUAACGUUUAGUUCAGUGGUUGUGUCCGUUUUUAAGAACGAUGAGAAUGUUUAUUAAAGUUGUGUUACCUUUAAUAGGUGUAACGUUGGGUUUUUACUGCAUAACAGGUUCCACUGGCCUGUACAUCUCAAACCUGUCACAAGCUUGCUACCGCUGCCUGUGCCACGUCGCUACAGGCUGCGAUGUGUCUCACGGUUGUACGGGAGGAUACUGCGGGCCUUUCAACAUCUCCAGGGUUUACUGGAUAGACGCUGGGAAGGUUGUGUUCCCUGAGGAUGAUCCUGAGAGGAACCACGCUUGGGAAGACUGCGCGAGAAGCUAUCACUGCGCUUCAAGGAUCGUCGAAGGCUAUUUGCAGAAAUUUGGAAAGGAUUGUAACAGCGACGGCGUAACGAACUGCUUCGAUUACAUGAUGAUCAACGGUAAUGGCGGAUAUGGCUGCACGGCACCGCUCAACCGUUCGGCCAGCGGACGGCGAUGGCUGCAGAGAUUCGAAGAUUGCGCACUCAGUUUAUAAAAUAUGAUUUUGUUCCAUCCGAGCCCUUCAUCAGCAGCUGACAGCCCAACGGCACGCCACACACGCCAGCUUAGCUACCGGGCAGGUCUUUGGUGGCUAGGACUUUGGAGCAGGCUACUCAUCACCCGACUCAUGGAGAAGGUCUAAAAAACUCUCGAGUAGGCGAAACGCGUAACGCGUAACAAAAGAUCCCAAUAAGUCGAAGUGUAUCGUCUGCAAGGGCUCCCGUAAUUAUAAGAUAAGCUUCCACUCACUUUCACUGCGGUUCUGAAACCCGGAAAACUGUUCCACAGUGGAAAGAUGCCAUACUUGUGAUUGGACAUGAAAAUUGUCUUUUUUUCAAAGAUAACUUUUUAUUUUCCUAACAAGAAUGUAUGAUUAGCCAGGGCCUUGGGAAUACACUGAGAACAAUUGCUCUCAAAUUUUACGAUUUUUUAUCAACACUGUAAAAGUUAUCAUGGCGUCGUUCUAUGGAACUAUGGCACUAUGGUGCGCUUAUUUAAUUUAAUUUAAUUUAAUUUAAUUUAUUUAACAUUAAAACGGUAUCACUGAGCUACGGGUUGGAUAAACGCUGACAGCAAGAGCACACAUCUGACGCUCCAUCGGCCACAAAAUGACGAAGAAUGACAUUGUAUGAAAUCUAAAAUCAACAAUAAUCGUUCUUUCACCGGUCUCCCUCAUUGAAGUCGGUUUUUUUUCUUUAAAAUUAUUAAAAUUUCCCGCCUUCUUUUACUAACAAAGGGGGUGUGUCAGAGUAUAGAUCUAUUCAUAUUAUAUUUUGGAACGAACUAAAUAUAACGGACCGUUUUUGUACAUCAAAUCACGAUUGAAGUAAAGGUUUUUAUAAAUAAUAAUUUAAAAAGCCUGCUAACGAGUAACUUUAUGGUAACAUGCAUAAAACAUCCUGUAAAAUUAAAUAAGAGUGACGUGUCGAA